UGAAAACCGAAAACUUGUCUGGAAGGAAAAGGGAAAAGAAAAAAAAAAUCGAAAACAGUAAUAUACGAUUUGCGUAAUGCAUAGUAGUGCAAUUCAAGUCGGAUCUCGGAGCAUUGAAAACCCGAAUUAGAUUGGAGUUGUCGUUAUAGAGAGCAAUUUCUAUUCGGUGUUUGGGUCAAACUACAAAAAUCACACCGAAUUCCGGCGAAUCACAUUCAUCAAAAUGGAUCCGCCGCCGGCACCAAUCCGGUGGCGCGCGACCGCAAUCCCAAUCCUUGCGGUGGUUCUCAUUUUAUCAACCAUUUCUCCUUCUCUUGCAAUCUACUGCGACGAAGACGAUUGCUAUGAUCUUCUUGGGGUUUCUCAGAGCGCUAAUUCCUCCGAAAUAAAAAAAGCUUACUACAAACUCUCCUUGAAACAUCAUCCAGAUAAAAAUCCUGAUCCAGAAUCGCGAAAGAUUUUUGUUAAAAUUGCCAAUGCUUACGAGAUUUUGAAGGAUGAGACUACACGAGAAAAAUACGAUUAUGCAAUUGAGCAUCCGGAGGAGGUGUUUUAUAAUACUGCACAAUACUAUCGAGCGUACUAUGGUCACAAGACGGAUACUCGUGCUGUAUUGGUUGGCCUUCUUCUUAUUCUUUCUGGUUUCCAAUAUCUAAAUCAAACGACAAGGUAUAAUCAGGCUGUGGCCAUGGUGAAGAAGACACCUGCUUAUAAAAAUAGAUUAAAGGCGUUGGAGCUUGAGCGCAGUGGUGGGGUUACAAAUAAGAAGAAGAGCCAAAAGAAUAGGGACAGAAAAGUGGAGGAAGAUGAAGACCUCAGCAAAGAACUUGAUCUUCAGAUAACAGGAACCGAAAGGCCCUCCAUAUGGAAACUUGUUGGUGUCCGCUUUAUUCUUUUACCUUAUACUUUAGGAAAGCUGCUGUUAUGGUCUGGCUUUUGGUUUUGGACAUACAAGGUGAAAAAGUGCCCUUAUUCUUGGGAUGAUGCUUCUUAUCUGACACAAAGGUCCCUUGGUUUUCCAGAUGAUAGAUGGAGAAGUAUAGACGAAGCAACAAAGGAAGAUCUUGUGCUUAGAUGCUUAUGGGAAAAAUCAAAUAUGGAGAGCUACAUAACAGAGAUGCGGAAAGAAUCAAAGCGCAGAAGAUAGCUGCUUCAGUUGCUUCAUCUGCUGCUUUCGAAGUGCAAAAUUUUGUUUUACUAUUGAAAGUGAACUGACUUACAACGCGAUAGUUAAAAUUAUAAUAUUGCAAAUUAAUUUAUUUUGAGUAGCUUUAUUAAUAUUUUAGGGGGAGAGCAAAAUCAUUCUCGUCAACCACAAAACCGUAGAUUUAUAAACAUAUUGUACUAAGUUCCCACAUGAAAUUUAAAUAGGAUGCUCUUUGAGAGUCUGUAAACUGACACCAGAGAAAAUUGGUUUAGCUAUUGCUACAUUCUUUCAAUGAAGUGGGUACUUAGCCUCAGCCUUGCAGCAAUUGCAUGUUUGGCAGUGGUUUCGUGCACCUGUUGUUCAAUAAUUAUGAGGAAUUUUAUUAGAAAGCGGCAUGUUGUAGUAGAGUUAUGACUUGUGUGUAAAAUAUAGGUGAAAUAGCUCUGCUUUUCAUUCGUUUUA